UUCCCACUUCCCCAAAGCCCGGUAUAAGGGCUUUGUGCAUCAACAUCCAGAAGCUGGGAGCAGGGGCUUCAGACUCUCAAGAGUGUGUGUGACUCUGGCCCUGAAGGAGCCGUGCAGACACAAGGGAAGUCCCCAGGAGGGAACGUGGAGCUGCGUAUCUGUCACAAGACUGCAGGAACAUGAAAGGCUGCCUGCUCCUGCCCCUUCUGCUGCUGGGGACAGUUUCUGCUCUCUAUCUGGAGAAGGAUGCCCCCCAUCUGGGUGAUCUGGAGACACAGGCAGACCUGAGCCAGGAUCCUGAAGGCUCAGGGGGGCAGCAAGGAGAGCUGGCCGUGAGUGGUGAGGUGCUUGAGUUGGGGGGAGAGGAGGCCGAGGACGCCCACGACGAUGAGGGGGACUCACAGUCAGACCCAGAUGACUUAGAUGAGGACGUGCAGUGCCCCAAGGAAGAGGAGACAGUGCAACUUCCGGGCAGUCCUGAGUGCAAGACCUGCCGCUACACGCUGGUGCGGACCCCAAAGAAGUUUAAGAAAGCUCAGAGAGUCUGCAGGAAGUGCUACCGAGGCAACCUCGCCUCCAUCCACAACUUUAAUGUCAACAGUCUCAUCCAUCGCUUGAGCAUAACGACCAACUACGCACAGGUCUGGGUUGGAGGCUUCAUCAGAGGUCGGUUACGAUGCAGGAGAUUUUUCUGGGCUGAUGGGAGUUACUGGAAUUUUGCAUACUGGGCUGCAGGACAACCUACAUUUGGGAGAGGCCGCUGUGUAGCCCUGUGCACCAGAGGGGGUCACUGGCGACGAGCUCCGUGCAACAGGCGGCUGCCCUUCAUCUGCUCCUUCUAAGCCGGAGGCCGGAGACCCUGCCCCCCACGUCCCCGGCCCCCCUGCCUGCCUGGCCUCACCCCUGACCCCCCCACCCCCUUGCCUGCCCGGUUCACCCUCGGCCCCCUUGACCCCCAGCCUCCCCGGUUCAUAAAGCCACGUUCU